UUCACCCCUCCCCACUUGGGAUUGCCUUCUAUCGCCUCAUGAUAAUGACAAACAAGCUCGUGCCUCUAACAAUGCUGUCGUACGCGUGCCGCGUUCUGAUCCUCUGCGCGUCCCUCUCCGGCGCCGACAUGGUGUUCCGGUGCCCCGGCUGCACCGCGGAGCGCCAGGCGCUGUGCCCGAGACUCACCGAGGCUUGCGCGGAGAUAGUGCGCGAGCCGGGCUGCGGGUGCUGCCCCGUGUGCGCCCGGCGAGAGGGCGAGAUGUGCGGCGUGUACACGCCGAGGUGCACCACCGGUCUGCGGUGCUACCCGACGCCCGAGUCGGAGCUUCCUCUGGAGCAACUGGUGCAGGGCCAGGGGCAAUGCCGGUGCAAAGUGGACACCGAGACGGCCACUUUCAGCCAGGAGCACCGGGAGCAGACCAGCGGCGAGGCCGUGGGGCCGCCGCCCGAACAGGGCGCGAGCGAGGACCCGGCCCUCCGGAAGCCCAGCAAAGAGGCCACCUGGCUGGGCCCCAAGGAGAGCGCCGUGCGCCAGCACCGGCUGGAGAUGAAGACCAAGAUGAAGACCAACAAGGUGGAGGAGGUGAAACCCGCUCGGCCCAAACAGACUCAGUGUCAGCAGGAGCUCGACCAGAUCCUGGAGAGGAUAUCCAAGAUGCCCUUCAAAGAUAACCGAGGUCCCCUGGAAGACCUGUACGCCCUGCACAUCCCCAACUGUGACAAGAGGGGGCAGUAUAAUCUCAAACAGUGCAAGAUGUCCCUGCACGGUCAGAGGGGCGAGUGCUGGUGCGUCGACCCCCACACCGGCCGGCCCAUCCCAUCAGCCCCCACUGUGAGGGGGGACCCCAACUGCAGCCAGUACCUCAGAGACCUGGACUUGGAGUUCCCCGACAUGGACCAGAUUUAAAAGUGGUGGCAUUAAAAAAAGAAAGAAAAGAAAACUGUUAAGUACUUGGGAACAAAAAGAACAUCUGAGUAAGCUAUAUUAUUAUCUGUGUGUGUGUGUGUGUGUGUGUGUGUCUCGAUCAUUUGAUGACGGUGAUGUUUGAAAUGUUAACCGCCUAAAAGGAUUUAAACUGUAGAAUCCAGCUGUAGCCGCAGAUUAUUUGUAGAAGUAAAGAUAAGACUAGUGUCCCAGGAGACGUCGGUGACGUUUGCUUUACUAAUUGUGACUCUGCUCUGCUUCCACUGUUGUGUGUGUGUGUGUGUGUGUGUUCUGUACGUGUUGAGAAGUGAACAAAAAGCCUUCGACAUAUUUUCUCUCCAGGUGUGUUUUCGUUGUCCUAGCUUGCAGACUACCGUUACGCCUCAUUAACAGAUAGCGCUAUUAAAGUGGGAAUGAAUUCAA